AUGGCCCCCUCCUCAACAACACCACCUACAACCACCGCCAAAUCCCCCCUCAAAAUCCUCAUGCUCCACGGCUUUACGCAAUCCGGCUCCCUCUUCCGCGCAAAAACCGGCGCACUCACAAAAGCCAUCACAAAAGCAUUCCCUUUGCACACCGUCUCAUUCUCAUACCCGACCGGUCCCCUGCGGCUGAAUCCUUUCGAUGUUCCGGGCUACACCAGCAGCAACGACAAUGAUAAAGAAGUAGAGGAGCCUGAAAUGUAUGGAUGGUGGCGGAGACCCAGCACAACUCCUCCAACCUACAAAGGUAUAGAAGAUGGAUUGGCGACUGUAGCCGCCACGCUCAAAAACGAGGGUCCGUUUGAUGGUGUCGUAGGGUUUUCGCAGGGUGCUUGUCUUACGGCUAUGGUUGCUAGUCUUUUAGAACCUGGCAGGAGUGACUCGUUCAGUGCAGCAGCUGCGGCACCGGGGGAUGGUGUGCAGUUUCCUGAAUCGUUUUAUCCGGGCAAUACGGGGAACCAGCCUCCGCUCAAAUUCGCGAUUGUGUAUAGUGGCUUCAAAGUCGCGGAUCCGCGAUGGGGUGCAUUAUAUGACGUCCAAAGACCGAUUACGACACCUUUGUUACAUGUUUUGGGCACGUUGGAUGCGCUUGUGAUAGAGGCCAUGUCGAGAGGGUUAAUAGAGGCUUGUGCCGGGGAUCCAGAGAAGGAAGGAAAAGUUGUGUUUCAUCCGGGUGGGCAUUUUGUGCCGAGUCAGAAGACGUAUCUUGAAGUUGCUGUGGGGUUUAUUAGGAGGUCGUUGGAGGGAGACACAAAGAAAGAGGAGGAAGAGAGGGUCGAGGAUAUGGAUGUGCCGUUCUGA